CUCCGGUGAGGUACCCACCUCCUGGAAACCUGGACAGCCCUUUAAUCAGGACGCUCAUUUUGGGAGAAGCCCUCCCAGCAUCUAAGAUCGUGGAGCAGAGAUUUCUGUCCCACCUGAUGACUACCAUGAGACGGGGGCAAGUCUAAGGUGGGUGGGGGGGAAGCACCACAAACCACUGGGGAUGUUCCUGAUCCCACAGCCGGCGUACACUCAGGGGAACCCCCCAGCACUCCCUGUGAAGCUGUCUGGCCCCUGCAUUUGAUGCCAUUCAAAGUUGAAUAACUUUCUAGAAAAUCGCCCUGUUCCUAACAGCUAGUUCCUACUGCUGCAUACAAGGCUGGCCACCAAGCUGGCCUCAGUUUGCUCAUCUGUCAAAUGGGGAACUGGAUUAAGCACUUGCUAAGACCUCUUCAGUUUGUCCUCCUGAGAUUCCUAAACAUGAAUGCCUUUGUCAACCUUGGCAUUAAAUAAGAGCCAAAUCAUUUGCUGCAGCUUUUCUUCCUCAUAAGUUCCCAUCAUUAAAAGGUGACCAAGUCACAGUCACAGGAUCUUAGGAGCACUCCUAGCCCUCACUCUGAAGCUUCUUUCUCAGAGUCAGGAAAACCACCCAGGCCACGGGGCCAGGGCUGUGCAUACAAAUGGCCCAGAGGGUUUUCAGAAGCAGAGGUUCAGAAUCACCACUGCCUGUGUGGGGCCGGGCUGCAGCACUGGGAUUCAGAUUAAGUGCAGCUUGGUAGCAUAGCCAACUCUAAUGGAUAAGAACCUUUUUUUCUUAUUUUUAAUCCAAAUUUCUAGAAAAACAAUCUCCACAUGCAGCCUUUGUGAGGUCUUUUUUGCAUUAAACUCCAUCAUUUACGCUACAGAGGGCAUGGCUCAGAAACCAAUUCCACCGUGACCAGAUAAUAGCAGUGUGACGGGCCGGGCCCUGAGGGAGAGGGGAGACCUCCUGAGUCCUGGGCCCUGGGCCUCCCGCUGGAAACCAAGGAGAAGCCCAGCUAUGAGUACUUAUAUCUCACCUGCUGAAGAGCACCCAUGGGGUGGCGAGACAGCCAAGGAGCCCACAGCCUGGUCAGGAAAGGCUUUGGGACUGGCAGGCAGAGGAGGGACAGAAGUCCAUCUGUCUGGCAGUCGCUAUUUUUCCUGUCAUUUUGCCUGUUCAGACCAGUGGCAUGCUAGUUUCCAUUAAAAACAAGCAAACAAACAAACAACUGCAAGAAAAGACACUGUUCCAAAGAAAAAUAACUCAAGAUUUUUGCUGUGGUUUCCCCCUUUGUAAAAUGAGAGAUAGCCCCUAGUAGAACUUUCUCUGUUGUAAAAAUUUAUUAGAAAAAGAAAAAAAAGAAAAGUCUGUGGGUGCUCUGUGAUUCAAUCCAGUUUCAUCCGUCAAAUACUUACUGAGCACCAACCAAGUGCCAGGCACAGGGACCCACUGCUGAAUCAACAGCCAUCUCAGUCAUCAAAGAUUUCCAACCCAGGUGCCAAGACAGACAGAACAUGGCAAUGGCUCCAGCAGAGGCACAAGUGACCCCUCCUCCGAGGAGAAAGGGAGGACAGAGGCAUCAGGGGAGGCUGCCCUGAGGCAGAGACAGGACGAGCAUACACCCAGCUGGCCCACAGCUGCCCCAGUCCGCCAGGCAGGCUCUCACCCCAGGCUCUCAGGCCAGUCACAGGGAUUUGCAUCCCGCCCCCGCCCCUCCAAAAAAGCCCAGCCUUCCCACUUACCCAUCCCAGCACGAGGAGGGAAGGGAAACAUCCAUGGUCACACUGCACACUCCCCUAGCGUCUUGGGUAUCUGCACAUAAGGGGCCUGAGCACCCCCAGGACAGCGAACCCUGAGCCAGGCUUCCUCACCCACAGGGGGGAGCAGCUACAGGAACUGUGACUGUCAGCUGCCUCAGGAGGCUCCUCCAGGGGCCCUCCAGGUACCCACUUUUUCCUAGAUGCUGGUGUUGGGGUACUAGGAGCAGGUGGACCCUCUGCAAAUGAACUGAGCUUCCAGAGCUCAUAUUCUCUCUCUCUCUCUCUCUCUCUCUCUCUCUCUCUCUCUCUCACACACACACACACACACACACACACACACACACACACACCCUGGCUGAUUUUACAGUCAAUCUUUCAAAGUGCAAUUUGUCUAGGGAAAGCCAAUGUGAGGCCCGUGUGGAUUUCGACCAAUGGUGACGCAGCUGGCGCUCCUCAGCCAGUCUCCGGUCUGUAUUCUAAUGGGCCAUAUCUUUAUCAGGGAAAUGUUGCUUCUCUGAACUUAAAACUUCUCAUGGAGGGUCCCCAGACUCAGAGGCUGAGGAGGGGUCUGAGCUGAGGUGUGGGAGCCGCCUUUCUCCAGGCCUGGCAGGGAGAGAGGGAAAGGGCGCGGGUGAGGCCUCUCACCUGUCCGGGAGCACCUGACUUCCUAGCAGCUGACGUGGGUGCCAGUCCCUGGGCAGGGGCUGGGCAGAUGCCUUAGGUUGGAGGGCUGUCUGGGGCUCCAGGCCGCUUUUGACCCUCCAAACCUGCCAUGGGAUUCUGGGCCAGAGCACGGGGUCUCAGGGUUUAGGGGCCUGGAUUUGGGCUUCCUGCUUUCCCUCACCUUGACCUGGGGAACAUGGAGUCCAACCUGCAAGGGACGUUCCUGCUGAACAACACGCCGCUGGCUCAGUUCUCGGAGAUGAAGGCGCCCGUGUGCCAGUACUCCGUGCAGAACUCCUUCUACAAGCUCAGCCCCCCAGGGCUGGGCCCCCAGCUGGCCGCCGGGACCCCCCACGGCAUCACAGACAUCCUGAGCAGGCCUGUGGCCACGCCAAACAACAGCCUGCUUUCCAGCUACCCCCAUGUGGCAGGUUUUGGUGGACUCGGCUCCCAGGGGGUCUACUAUGGCCCCCAGGUGGGGAAUUUUUCCAAAGCUGGAAACGAGUACCCCACCCGGACCCGGAACUGCUGGGCAGACACAGGCCAAGACUGGCGAGGCGGGCGGCAAUGCAACAACAAACUGAUCCAGGGUCCCCGUGAUGCCAGUCAGGGAAUGGAGGAGAUGGCAGGACAUGCACAGACAGCCCCAGACCCCCUGAGUGACAGCAUCCACAAGAAAAAGCACACCCGGCCCACCUUCACGGGGCACCAGAUCUUUGCCCUGGAGAAGACCUUUGAGCAGACCAAGUACUUGGCUGGCCCUGAGAGGGCGAGACUGGCGUACUCACUGGGGAUGACUGAGUCGCAGGUCAAGGUGUGGUUCCAGAACCGGAGGACCAAGUGGAGGAAGAAGAGCGCCCUGGAGCCCUCGUCCUCCACGUCCCGAGCCGCCGGCAGCGCCGGCUCGGGCGGGGACCGCGCGGCCUCGGAGAACGAGGACGACGAGUACAACAAGCCGCUGGACCCUGACUCGGACGACGAGAAGAUCCGGCUGCUGCUCCGCAAGCACCGCGCCGCCUUCUCGGUUCUCAGCCUGGGCGCGCAUGCCGUCUGACCCCCUCCCCGCCCGCCCCGGCCCGGCCAGUUGUCUGCAUCUCAGAAGGGCCUGCCUUCAGUCCCCUUCCCGCCCCCUCGCUGCUUGGGGGGGGGGACAGGGGGCAGAACGCUAACCCGAGGGGCUGCGGAGGAGGAGGGAG